AUGGAAACCACAACUACCAUACUGCCGGGCAUUGUCCUGAUGAAUACGACCGUUUCUACGGUGUAUCCCCGGCUCCGAACUGCCGACCGCACCAGGGCUAGCUUGGCCGACCUGCCGCUGGAGACCGUUCUUCAGAUCCUCGACGCCCUCUUCGAACCGCAACAGCUCAUCGUUAUAGACAUUUACGGCCCCAAAGCAAAGAACGACGGAGUGUACGACAUGGAAGGCAAGGUCAGCAGCCAGACCAAGGUCGUUCUUCGCCCGCCCCCUUUGCACGUCACCGCCACGGCCUGCCGCCUGUUCCAGCACAUGUACCGCAAGUCGCGGCCGACCGCCUGGGGCGCUCACCUGCAUCUCCGCCGUCCCUACAAUGUCAGCCUGGAGCGCGACAUUUUCCACGUUCGGGUCCAUCGCGAGACGUACUACGGCGAGUGGGACCGGGCCGGCAAUCCGCACUUGGACCCUCUGUACAUGAUCUUCGACGGAAUUCAGAACCUGGCGACGAGUGUGGACUACAUCUUCCCGGGGAUGAGCGUGUUCUACUUCUUGCACCUGAACCCGCUGGGCAAGGUGCUCAAUGUCCUCGUUCCCGUUCCCGACCUGGAGAAGAACGUGGACCCGGCCUGCGGCGAGCUGCAGCUCGCCCCCGUGCUGGUGCCGAUUGAGGACAGGUACCGGAUCCAGACGUCUUUCUGGAAGGGCAAGGAAACGUGGUGGUAUUUCAGGGAGGAGUCGGAAGACCACAUGCGACAACGCUUUCUCCGCUGUCGCCCUCGCUCGGAGGCGCAGAGGCAGCUGUGGGAGCGGACGUGGAGACUGUGUCCUCCGCCUGAGCUCAAGGCAUACCUGGUGGAUGAGCGUAGACUAAAUGAUCCUGUUGUUUCGGGCCUCGAAAAGCGAAUUCGUUCGUAG